AUUUAAUAGCAUUGAUGCAUGAAAAAGGACUAACAAGAGAUUGGACUUUCCAUAAAUGGAGAAGAUAAGGUGACCAAGUGCCUUGAAUAUCAUUCAUUUUCACCACACAGCCACAGACUAUCCAGUUUCCUAAAUUGACAAAAUAAGAAAAGAGCAAGUCAAAUGCCAAACUAAAACAAGGAAAAAAGAGAAAGAAAAAGAGUGUUCAGUCAAAACAAGUGGGUGUGCAAAUUCAGCUUUUUUGCAUUAAUUGAAGGAAAGGUACACAAUUGGUCCCUAUUCAAUGAAGGCCAAGGCCCGCAAUCUUUCUCUAUUAGAUCAUCAGCCAGUCACACACUGUUCAGAAAAUUUAAAAAAAUCAAAAAACAAAUAACAAAUUCAUUGCAUAAAAGAGACUUUACCGUGUGGAAGAGAGAUGACAGGCUAAGCUCUAUGAACUUGUACAGCUACUGCUACUGCUACUACUACUUAGAGACCCUUUCUAGGUUGACGCGGUUCCCUGCUUCAUGGGUUUUCACAGAUUGCUCUCUCCUUCUCAUCAAUCAUUCAUCUUUUCUAAGUUUGUACCUACCCCCUUGACCACUAGGCUUAUUCUGUUUUUGCUACAUGAAUAUUAAUUUGUUCCAAUAAUACGUACGUUGCAAAAAUGUUUUCUUUUUGCAAGGAUGAGAUGUGGACACAUAGAAGAAUCAUGUCUGCGUAAUGCCCAGUGGGCUCAGAUUGAAGCCAUUGGCCUUUUAAUUUCAUACAGGCCUAACUGAGUUUUGAACUAACAAUACUAGGACAGAUUUUUGGGGGGCUUCAAUCUGUGUAUGUUUAUGAAGAGAACCCAAGCUUAACCCAAUACAAUAUUUUCCCAUUUUUAAUAGCAAGAAAGUAUACAGAUAGAUGGGUUGGCCCAAUAACGAACCAUCUAUUCCGAGCUCCGUCAGGGAGCAAAAAGUUGUAGUAUAAGCUCUAGUGUAGCUCAUAAACCCUGAUGACUCCAUUGCUGUAUCGCCCAUAAACCCUAUUCUUUCAUUUAUAGCUCCAAAACUGAAGCUAUGAUUGUCCAUUCCUUGUCAUUAAUCCACAGAUGAAGAAUCUUUUAGUUGCAGCUUUCAGUUUCAGUUUCUUCUUCAGAAUGUUAUUUUCUCUGCGUAAUUUUCUCCAAAUGGGUCGCAGAUUUCCUCACAGAGUAAGCCCUCCUUUGUCUUCUAACCCUAAUGCUCAUCUCCCUUUCGUAUUCUCUUCACCUUCAUUAGUUCCAUCACAUGGCUCUUUAUCCUAUUGCCCGUUAAUGUUGUUGACCGGCUUCCUUUGUAUACUCAGGUUCCCGUUUAUCACACAAUCUAGUUUUCUUGGACAAUUAGAUAAAGCUUCAAUCAUUAAAAUCAUUCAACAAGACCAAUGGAAUGAUCCUAAAUUCGUCAGGUUCAUUGACUCCUCCUUGGGGCCAAUAUGGGUGUCCAGGGUUUUAGUUGAACUUAAACAAGAUCCUAAAUUGGCCUUGAAAUUCUUCAGAUGGGCCAAAACCAAAUUUGGCUUUUGCCUCACUACGGAGUCUUAUUGUUUAUUAGUUCACAUUUUGUUUUAUGCUAGAAUGUAUUUUGAUGCUAACUUUUUUCUUAAGGAAUUGAUUUCGUCCCGCCGAAUUUUGCCUGGUUUUGAUGUUUUUGAAGUUUUGUGGUCAACUAGGAAUGUUUGUGUUCCGGGAUUUGGUGUUUUUGAUGCAUUAUUUAGUGUUUUUAUCGAAUUAGGAAUGCUUGAGGAAGCAGGUCAAUGUUUCUCAAGAAUGACAAGGUUUAGGGUGUUUCCAAAGGCACGGUCUUGUAAUGCAUUUUUGUAUCGUCUUGCAAAGACAGGGAAAGGGGACUUGUCAAAUAAAUUCUUUAGGGAUAUGGUUGGGGCUGGGAUUGCCCAAUCAGUAUUUACAUAUAAUAUCAUGAUAGGUUAUAUGUGCAAAGAAGGCGAUAUGGUAACUGCUAAAAGCUUGUUUCACCAAAUGAAACAGAUGGGUUUAACACCAGAUAUUGUCACAUAUAAUUCUCUUAUUGAUGGAUAUGGAAAGUUAGGGUUGUUGGACGAAUCGUUUUGCCUAUUUGAGGAGAUGAAAGAUGUGGGCUGUGAACCUGAUGUAAUAACCUACAAUGCUCUAAUUAACUGUUUUUGUAAAUAUGAACAAAUGCCUAAAGCUUUCCAUUUUCUCCAUGAGAUGAAGAAUAGUGGGUUGAAACCUAAUGUUGUAACUUAUAGCACACUGAUUGAUGCUUUAUGCAAGGAGCACAUGUUGCAGCAGGCAAUUAAAUUUUUGUUAGACAUGAGACGUGUUGGUCUUUCACCUAAUGAAUUUACAUAUACUUCAUUGAUUGAUGCAAAUUGUAAAGCUGGAUAUUUAAGCGACGCGCUGAAGCUGGCUGAUGAGAUGUUGCAGGUUCAAGUUGGCUUCAAUGUUGUUACAUACACAACUUUACUGGAUGGCCUUUGUAAAGAAGGGAGGAUGAUGGAAGCAGAGGACCUCUUUAGGGCAAUGAUAAAAGCUGGGGUAACUCCGAACCUGAAGACUUAUACUGCCCUUGUACAUGGACAUAUUAAGAAUAAGAGGGUGGAAAAUGCAUUGGAGCUUUUGAAAGAAAUAAAGGAAAAAAAAAUUAAACCUGAUUUAUUAUUGUAUGGAACAAUCAUUUGGGGUCUAUGCAGUCAAAACAAGCUUGAAGAAUGUGAAUUUGUAAUGAGCGAAAUGAAAGCGUGUGGAAUAAGAGCAAACUCUGUUAUAUACACUAUCCGUAUGGAUGCUUAUUUCAAGACAGGAAAGACUGUGGAGGCACUCAACCUGCUGCAAGAAAUGUGUGACUUGGGUGUUGAGGUUACAAUUGUUACCUUUUGUGUAUUAAUUGAUGGUUUGUGCAAAAAGGGUUUGGUUGAAGAGGCAAUUGAUUAUUUUGCUAGGAUGGCGGAUUUUAAUUUGCAGCCAAAUAAUGUAGCAGUCUGUACUGCCUUGAUUGACGGUCUUUGCAAAAAUAAUUACAUUGAAGCUGCAAAGAAGUUGUUUGAUGAAAUGCAGGAUAAAAAUAUGGUUCCAGAUAAAAUUGCAUAUACUGCUCUAAUAGAUGGAAAUUUGAAACAUAAGGACUUUCAAGAAGCUUUGAAUAUUAGGAGCAGGAUGUCUGAAUUGGGAAUGGAGCUUGAUCUGCAUGCUUACACUUCCCUGGUGUGGGGACUUUCACAAGGUAACCUAGUGCAGCAAGCAAGAAUGUUUCUUAAUGAGAUGAUUGGGAAAGGUAUUGUUCCUGAUGAGAUUCUAUGUAUUCGUCUGUUAAGGAAGUAUUAUGAGCUAGGAAGUAUAGAUGAAGCUAUUGAACUGCACGAUGAAUUGUUGAAGAAGGGUAUAAUAAAUGGCACUAGCAAUUAUGCAAUUCCUAAUGCACAACUGCCUCUUGAUGAACUCUUGGAGGAGCAAAAUCUGAUGCCUGAAAAGAUUCUUCGUUGUAGAGAUGGAGAUGGAUAUGACUGGAAGGAAACCUGCACUAUGUUUGCCUGGUUCGACACUUUCAAAAGCUUUUUCGAGUGGAGAAUGGGGAGUAGGGUUCCAGUUCAAGAUUACAACUUGAGAUCGGCCAACUCUUUCAUUGGUACCUCUCUUCAUGAUCUCAACAACACUGUUGACUCCAUUUCCCAUGAUCCUCAUCAUCACCAUCACCAUUCCAAUGCUUCUCCUGUUGACUGCAUGCAUGAAUCUUAUAGGAAUUCCUUACCACUUGAUGCUGUUGGAGUCGAUGAUGAAGAAGAAGAAGCAGCAGAAGAAGAUCGUUCUACCCUUGACAACACUGCCUCUUCUUCUUCUACUCCCUUUGAUUUAUUAUUGACUGUUGAGGAUGUUUCCCCUAUUGAGUCUGCAAGGUCUCGAUUUUUGCAACUCAUUGUCGAUCACUUUAUCAUUGAUCAUGUCAUUCAAGUGCCUGAUAAUGAGGCUGACUACCUUUCUCACUCAGCACAAGAUAAUAAAUUGAAUAAGAGGAAAUCAGGAGAUGUCCAAUAUGAGGGUGAUCCAACAUAUGCUCUCCCCCUGAUGUAUGUUGCUAAUAUGUAUGAAUCGCUUGUCAAUGAUGUCAAUGUCAGACUUGCUUCCUUGAAUGGUAUUCGUGAUAAGACCAUUGGUCUUGCCCUUGAAGCUGCUGGUGGUUUGUACAGACGAAUUGCUAAGAAAUUUCCUAAAAAAGGUUCUUGUGUUUUUAAAAGAAGAGAAUUGGCCACUUCUCUUGAGACAAGGACGAGAUUCCCUGAACUGGUAAUACAAGAAGUGAAGAGAGUACGUUUCGUGGUGGUCAAUGGUUUGGAUGUAGUUGAGAAACCAAAUAAUAUGUCCAUUGAAGAUGCUGAAUGGUUUAAGCGACUGACAGGUCGGAAUGAGGUUGCUGUCUCUUCUCGGGACUAUAAAUUCUAUUCUCCAAGGCACAAAUAUAGGCGUGUUGCAUCCAACGUUCCUGGUUUGCCAACACUUCCUGCUACAGAUAGUCCUCAUUCCAUGGCUAGUGCCCAAGGAUUUCGAUCUCCACAAACUGAGCAGCAGCCUCCUGCGAAGCAUCAUGUAGAUUCAAUGUCACAUCAACCUCAGUUUCAUCCAAUUCACCAGAACCAUCAUCAAGUUCACCAAAGUCAACAUUCUACCCAGUUUUCUCAAAAUCAUCAAUGUGGAACAACUUCACACUUACCAGAAAUUGCCCAUGCUAACCAGUCUCCUAAUAUAUCUCAACACAUGGCUUAUUUACAACUACAACCUCUCACAGGAGGUCAUGUUGGAGGGCGCUUGCAUUUAAUGCCUGCAAGCCCUGCAAAGUUCUGCGAUGAAUGUGGUGCUCCAUAUCUAAGAGAAACCUCCAAGUUCUGCUCAGAAUGUGGUACAAAGAGGUUAGGUAUAUGAAAUUAUCUGAAGAUUUUCAAUGAAGUUCCCUCUAUUUAAAUUUUCCGAAAUCUAUGAUUACCGUUUGUAAAUCUUGGAGAGGGUAGUACAUUUAGGCAUGUAAUUAAGCAGGGAAUCUUAGACUUGUUUCUUGCUCUUUGGAUCCUUUCCAGCUGAGAUUAAAAGGAUGUUUUUCCUUGGCUAGAUACUUGUAUAAAUUUUGGUUGUAAAUGGGUUUAAUUAAUUAUCUCAGGUUUUUAUUUAUUUA